UUUCUCGAUCGAGGUGAAGGGCAACAUAUAUUCUUCAGACGAAUCUUGUUACGUUGAAAUCGCUAGCGCAGUGUAAUAUGACUUGAAUGGUUGUUACCGCUUUCUCUGCAACACUGGGGUAUAAAUGGAGCACUCACUUGUUUGUGCCAAGUUAAGGGCUGCGUUCCCAUUUUUUUAAAUUAGUGAUUUGCUGUAGGUAAGCGUAUUAUAGCGGUCGGGUUUUCAACUGAGAUUGUAUAUUUACCAUCAGAUAAAAGAUUAAGUUGAUACUAUUUUAGUUGAGUUUCCUCAUCUGGUAAAGAGGACAUCACAAGACAAAUGUAGGGUCCUGUAAAACGAAUUGGAACGUCACAGGAAGUCGUGCUUGUGGAGAAGAAACAAGUGGCGGGAAUAACAUGACGGCGAGUUAAAGUCAAGCAGCUUUAACUAAGUUUCCGACAACGUUAUGAACUUGUGUAUUAUUUGUCACAAUAUCGUCAGAAGAUAGCACGUAUAGUAAGUGACGACUCUACUGUUGUGCGGACUGGAGCAGGCCAGGCAUGAGUGGUGCACACCUGGACGAAUGGCAGAGGAGGUCCUUUGACAUUUCAUCUGGCAACUGUACACCUGAACAGACGGCCGAUGCCUACCGGGCCCAUAUCCUCUCCAUUCAGUAUGCAUGGGCAAGCUCCCAGCUCUCUCAGGCCGGCAUGGACAGCCUGCUCAGGACCUACUCAGAGCGCUAUGCUGCAGUGCUGGACUCGGAUGACCCCCGCAAAGGGCUUAACAACUAUGCAGAGAGCGCACUGCAUCUGGCCCGCAGUCAGAGGAAUUACAGUGACAAAUGGGAGUCGUCCCUUACUGUGGAGAAUGUGAUGGAGCUACCAAGUGUGCAGAAGAUGAUUGAGUCUGUGAAAGGGGGAGGAGGCUCCCUGGUGGCACCAGGAGAUGUAAACAUAUGUGUUGGGCCAGAGAGCAAAGGAAACCUCCUGUCUGCUCCCUUAACUGGAGUCAGGUCAGAGGCUGUGUUAUUUAAACCUACAGCACCACCACAGCCUAAAAAAAUAGACUUUAAUGCUGCCAGUAAUCCUGCUACUAAUUUUAUGUCAGAUAGACAGAGAGGCUCUGAGGGCAUCUCAGGUACUUCAAAUUCAUUCUCCCGACCUCCAGCUAGACCACAGUCAGUGUUUAGUCAUUCAUCUUCAGUUUAUCCGCAGGGCAACCCAGGCCCUGCAAAUGGCACACAAAAUUAUCAGGCCUCUUUCUUCUCCAACUCCAACCCUACAAAGCGCAAGAAUUUUUACAACCCAGAUGGAGGGGAUGGUGGCAGGGGGCAACACGGGCAAGCAAGCACUGACCUGCGAGGUGGAAGCAAUUUCAAAACAGCUCGUGAGCAGUUCGUUGUUGAUCAACAUAAAAAACAUUCACACCAGUCCCAGAGAGGGCAGGCCACUGGCAUGUCGGCAACGGUUAAGAAAUCUCUGGGAGCUAAUAGACCUCGAGGUGCAUUUUCCAAAUUUGUAUCACCUAUGCCACGACAAGAGGAGGAGGAAGGUGGGCUGAGCCGUGAUUCCAAUGGGGAACCACAGAUCCUGGAUGAGCGACUGAAAAACUUUGAGCCAAAGAUAGUUGAGCUGAUCAUGAGUGAGAUCAUGGACCACGGGCCUCCUAUAUCUUGGGAUGACAUAGCAGGCCUAGAGUUCGCCAAGACCACCAUAAAGGAGAUCGUGGUUUGGCCCAUGCUGCGACCUGACAUUUUUACUGGCCUCCGUGGUCCUCCAAAAGGCAUCCUGCUGUUUGGACCCCCGGGAACUGGAAAAACCCUGAUUGGAAAAUGCAUAGCUUGCCAGUCAGGUGCUACCUUUUUUAGCAUCAGUGCUUCAUCGCUCACGUCCAAGUGGGUUGGGGAAGGAGAAAAAAUGGUGAGAGCCCUGUUCGCCAUUGCCCGAUGCCACCAGCCUGCUGUGAUUUUCAUUGAUGAAAUUGACUCACUGUUGUCCCAGCGGACAGACGGGGAGCACGACUCAUCUCGAAGAAUAAAAACAGAGUUCCUGGUACAACUGGAUGGGGCAGCAACAGCCGCUGAGGACCGCAUACUGGUGGUUGGCGCCACCAACCGGCCUCAAGAGAUAGAUGAGGCCGCGCGGCGACGCCUGGCAAAAAGGUUAUACAUCCCGCUGCCUGAAGCCACCGCCCGAUGGCAGAUAGUAACAAACCUCAUGGCUCGAGAGAAGAACCAGCUCGUAGAUUCAGAGCUGGAGAGUGUGGUUACAGCUACAGAAGGCUUCUCUGGAGCUGAUAUGACCCAGCUGUGUAAAGAAGCAGCACUGGGGCCAAUCCGCAGCAUCCAGCUGAGUGACAUCGCCACUAUAACUGCAGAUGAGGUGCGACCAAUUAUCUACAGUGACUUCCAGGAGGCCCUGAAGACAGUACGACCCAGUGUCUCAUCAAAGGACUUAGAGCUGUACGAAGAGUGGAAUAAGACUUUUGGAUGUGGACGUUAGAUUUGCCUCUCAUCCUUAAUAUCUUCUGCCACCACUUAUGUUAUGUAAUCCUGAGUUGAGAUUCAGAUGACAUUUUUUGCUGCAUACAGAGCAGAUAGAGCGGGUGAAUAAAACAGCAGGAGCACAAAACACUUAUCGCCUUAAAGAAUGAGUUUACAUUUGUCACAGUCAAAAUUCUAAGAAAAAUUGUGUAAUGUCUAGCUGUGUGCCAAGUAUGUAAUUCAAAUUGAUUAUUUUAUAUACAUCGAGCUGGAUUUUUUUCAAUUCAU